UCUACAUCGUUGUUGCUGGAUAUUAAUAAUACCACUGAUAUGUUGGGAUCCGAUUCUCAGCAGUAUGAUUAUUUGUACGAAGAAUGUCCUUAUUCCUCUGGUCAUUCUUCUUGCAAGGCUACUUACAUUCCUGGAUAGUUAGACAAGUAUGCUGGUUGUUUAUUCUUGCUAAUGACGGAUAGUCGUUCUGGAAAGGUGGUCCAAUUGUACGGCACUGUUGACGGAUGUCAUGGUUCAGACGUCAACAGUCUAACUAAUCUAAUCGUCAGCUAUAUUUUACCAUACAGUCGUGCACCUGAUCACAUAUUAGACAAUGAUCCAAGCGAUUAUGAAAUAUACUUCUUGUUGGAAAAAGUGUUAAAAGACGUUUAUAAACUCGAUAUAAACAAUAUAGCAGCAAAUACAUAUCAAAAUGGCACACAUAGCUCAGAUGAUUCAUCUGGUUCAUCUCGGUCACUAAGGAGUAGAAACAGUAGUAUGGGCAAUUUAUUGAAUGGAAAUUCAGCGCAAUCAGAAAAAAAUGUGCAAAUAAAAGAUAUGAUGCCAUCACAACAUUUAUUAACAAAUGAAAAAUUGGCUGAAAAGUUAAACAAUAUGGACUUCUGCAACGUUUACAAGGAUGCAGUCGAGGGAGUUGAUGAAGCAGCAGAAGAAGAUGAUAGCGAAGGCAUAAAGUCACAUACGUUAUUUGCAUUUGGGCCUUCCAGUACUCUACAGAGUGCACUAGAUGCUAGCAUAAACUGUGAUGUAAAAGGCAUAAAAAAUCAUAGCUGUAUGGACAUUUCCAAUUUGCAAUCUCUAGUACAACAGAACAGCAAAUAUUCAGACCACUCAUUAACGCAUGAAGGUGCUUCUUGCAGUAGGAAAUUUGUCUCUUGCGUAAAAUCAGUGCCAAUUAUUUCUGCAUGUGAUGAAAAAGUGCGGUCUGAGAACGAAAAAUUGGAGACAUGUAGUAUGGAACAAAAAGAUAUAUUUCUACAUAACCUGGCUAUUCGAAAAAGGAAAUGUUCAGAAUUGCAAUAUUCUCCGAUAGAAGUAUCUCGCAAAGGAGAUGAUGAUAGUGAUAUGCUUAUGGAAGCAAUUGAAGAAGCUGCUAUCAAUCUAGGUCUCAUUGAAUCCGAUACCAUACGAAGUACUGAAAACAUAAGUGAUGAAAGCGAAGAAAGAAGUUCUGUGGGAAGUACAGUUUCCCACAAAUAUGUUCUUUCUCAUGCAUCAGUUGCAAUUGUUCUCGUUUAUGGUGACAAAAUGUUUAUUGGCAGUAUUGGUGACUCCAGAAUUGUUUUAGUGCGUAAGAAGGGUUCAUACAUAGAUAUAAUGUACUUGAAUGAGCCACCGACUGAUUGGGUUCCUGUGGCGUGUGAAAAGGAUGCAUUCCCCUUUGAUAAACAUCCUUUCAUUUUCCGACAACCUGUGAUUCAAGGUGCCUUUUCGGUAAGUUUGAAACCAGAGGAGAAGGCAUACUUUGCUAUGGAUGGAAUAGCUGAUUAUUUAACAGCUUUUGCAAAAACAACAGGAUAUGAUUUCUCUAUCAACUGUGUAUACAAUAUGUUACAUGAGUUAUUAAAUGAAGGUCAGCCUCAAUUAAGUAUAGAUAAGACUGCAUUAAGAAAUAUUUCAAAUAUGCCGGAGUCAAAAAUGAAUAAAAAUCACAAUAGCACCGAGCAAAGUCUUGAAAGAACUCCGAGUAGUGAUCACGUAAAAAUUUAG